CCUCAAUGACGAAAUUACCCUCCAUCUUCACUCCAAAUACCCAACCACUCCAUCUUCUUCCUCAAGAUUCUAUCAACAGUCAAAGAUCCUCUCUACUGAUCAAUAAAUAUUCCCAAUCUACCUUCUCUACUUCCUUUCUCCUCCAAUUUUCCCUCUCUCGCUUUCUUCCCUAUGGCUUUUCCUCGUCUUUCUUGAUUCUAUGGCGGAUAUGGAUUUCGUCGAAGGCGUUGGAGAGAGUUCUUCGCCGCCUCGAAGCUUCGGUGGCUUCUGUGCUGUCCACGAUGUUCGGAACGAUGUUUAUACUCGGUUAGUUCAGUGUGGACACGAAGAGGCUGUUUCUAAUCCUCAAUUUCGUGAGAACUUGGAUGCUCACUUCAAUCGCUUGCCUCCGAGUUAUGGACUUGAUGUUAACAUGGAGAAGGUGGAAGAUGUUUUGUUACAUCAAAAGCUUCUUUCCCUAGCAAAGGAUCCAGACAAGUGCCCUGUUUACCACAUUCGUUUUCUGGAGCACAUAAGUACUAAGUCAGAUGGCAAUGAUGAUCACGUUUUUCUUGAUAGUAUCCUUUUAAGUGGUUCAUCUAACGAAGCAGCUGAUAGAAGACUUCCACUGUCACACAAGAGAACUCGAGGAAAUAUAAUUGACUUUGAGCCUUGUUCCAAGCUUGAGAACUUAAAUUUGGAUGUUAGAAAGAACUCAAAGGCCAUGGAUAGGAGGCCGGGUAAUAUUGCACAUGUUCUGAUACACGAAGUGAUAUUUUCAACGAUUGACAAGCCAAAGCUUCUUAGCCAGCUUUCUGCUUUGCUUUCUGAUAUAGGACUUAACAUUCGAGAAGCACAUGUGUUUUCAACAUCUGAUGGUUACUCCUUGGAUGUAUUUGUGGUGGAUGGAUGGCCUGUUGAGGAAACUGAUGGCUUGUACGAAGCUAUGGAAAAAGCAGUGGCUAGAUAUGAGGGAUCGUGGUCUGGUUCUUCACGUUUUCAUCCAACAGUUAAGAAAACAUUAGAUGCCCAGGAAAAAUCAGCAGAUUGGGAAAUAGAUAGACGAUUACUGAAGAUAGGUGAAAGAAUUGCAUCUGGAUCUUGUGGUGAUUUGUACCAUGGAUUUUAUCUUGGUCAAGAUGUAGCUGUCAAGAUAUUAAGAUCUGAAGAUCUAAAUGAUGAUUUAGAGGAUGAAUUCAAUCAAGAAGUGGCAAUUCUCAGGAAGGUCCAGCAUAAAAAUGUAGUACGUUUUGUAGGUGCGUGUACAAACUCUCCGCAUUUGUGUAUUGUUACAGAGUAUAUGCCAGGAGGGAGUCUUUAUGAUUACUUGCACAAGAAUCAUUGCAUGUUGAAGUUCUCACAACUGCUGAAGUUUGCUAUUGAUGUUUGUGAAGGAAUGGAGUACUUACAUUUAAAUAACAUUAUCCAUAGAGAUUUGAAGACGGCAAAUCUGCUAAUGGACACUCAACAUGUUGUAAAGGUGGCAGAUUUUGGAGUUGCACGAUACCAGAGUCAAGGAGUAAUGACAGCAGAAACUGGAACAUACAGAUGGAUGGCACCUGAGGUAAUAAAUCAUCUGCCGUAUGAUCAGAAAGCAGAUAUUUUCAGUUAUGCAAUUGUGCUGUGGGAACUAGUAACAGCAAAGGUUCCUUAUGAUUCCAUGACACCAUUACAAGCAGCCCUUGGAGUAAGACAGGGACUACGUCCAGAUCUUCCCAAAAAUGUUCACCCCAAAUUGUUGGAUUUGAUGCAAAGAUGUUGGGAUGCAGAACCGGUAAAUCGGCCUCCAUUUUCCGAGAUAAAAGCUGAACUCAAAAGUCUCCUUGAGGAAGUUGAGAUGUGUACAAAAUAUGAAGAAAAUUGUGCAGCAGUUAAUGGCAGCUAAUGUAGCUGUGUAGAAGUGCAGUAUUCAAUUCGGCUUUACCCUGUAUUUUCCAUGAGGAGAUUUAUUUUGUUUUCCACUUUCAGUUCUUCAUAUAGUUACACAAAUAUUGUACAUCUGAGAGAGAGAGAGAGAGAGAAGUAUAGAGGCUGCUCAGUGCAAAAAGAGGAAAGAAAUAGCAUGUUCUCAUUACAAAAAUACUUGACCAGGGGGUGUUUUCAGCAAAUAUAGUAAAAUUAUCUGUUGUUAGCCUCUCAA